AACGCGCCGCCCCCGUCCACCUGCCGGUCGCCGGCAGCCGUCGGGCCUUGCGGAGCCAUGUGUCAGGUGGGCGAGGACUACGGGGGGCCCGGACCGGCGGAGCUCCAGCCGAAACUGCCCUGGCGCGGCUGUGAGCAGAAAUGCAUGAAGUGCAAAGAGGGUUGGCCGGUCUUAAUCAUCCGGGCUGGAGACGCUUUCUGCAAAGACUGUUUCAAGGCAUAUUAUAUUCACAAGUUCCGAGCGAUGCUGGGAAAGAAUCGACUCAUCUUCCCAGGAGAAAAGGUCCUCCUUGCAUGGUCUGGUGGUCCCUCAUCCAGCUCAAUGAUCUGGCAAGUCCAAGAGGGUUUGAGCCGAGAGUCUGCUAAGAGGCUACGCUUUGUGCCAGGCAUUAUCUUCGUCGAUGAGGGAGCAGUUUGUGGGCAGAGCCUGGAGGAGAGAAAAAAGACUGUGGCAGAAAUACAGUUGAUCCUACAGACAGUUGGUUUCCUGUACCACAUAGUUUCCUUAGAAGAGGUUUUUAACUUACCCACAUCAGUCUUACAGACUGUUCCCCAGAGCCUCAGAGGCUCAGAGAACACCUACAAGGAAGCCGUGGAUGGCUUUAUUCAGCGGCAGCAGCAGCAGAGGCCACCAGAGGAGGCUGUCCUGAGUGACGAGCAGAUCCAGGAGAAGCUGAGGCAGCUCAGCACCCGGGAUCCGGGGGCAGCCGAGGAAGUCGCUGGUGAAGGCCUGCCCCGACCGGCCCAAACCACGGCUUUAAUGGAGCUCUUCAACUCAGUGAAGACCCUGACUGCCAAAGAGGAGCUUCUGCAGACUCUCCGGGCCCACCUGAUCCUGCACGUCGCUCGGGUACAUGGUUAUUCCAAAGUGAUGCUAGGUGACAGCUGUACCCGCCUGGCCAUCAAACUCAUGACCAACUUGGCCCUGGGCAGAGGGGCCUUCCUUGCCUGGGACACAGGUUUCUCCGAUGACCGGCACGGGGACGUGGUUUUGCUCCGGCCCAUGCGGGAUUACACCUUGAAGGAGAUAGCUUUUUACAACAGGAUGUUUGGAGUCCCUUCCGUCUUCAGCCCAGCCAUUGACACCAAGGCCCCAGAAAAGGCAAGUAUCCACCGGCUGAUGGAGAGCUUCAUCCUCAGAUUACAGGCCCAGUUCCCUUCCACCAUCAGCACUGUGUACAGGACGAGUGAGAAGCUGGUGAAGGCUCCCCGGGAUGGGGAUGCAGCCAGCCCCGAGCCUGCCCGCUGCCUCCUCUGCAUGUGUACUCUGGACAUUGACAGUGCAGACAGCGCUACUGCAUUUGGAGCCCAGACCUCGGAGUAUCUGUGCCAGAGAGCUGCCCCGACCCCUGCACUGCCCACAGGGGCUCCUGGGAGGCCCUGCUGUGCCUCAGGGACCGAGCCGCCACGGGCCUGUUGCCAAAACGCCCGGCUGUCGCCUGCAGGGACCUGGGAGAACCAAGCUCUGGGUGACCCUUCCCCUCCACCCUCCAGGGAGGAUCCCAGAGCCAGCUUCAUAGAACAGCUAUGUUAUAGCUGCCGAGUGAACAUGAAGGACAUGCCCUUGCUGGAGCCCCUCCCUCCCUACAUUCUGAAGGAGUCCCAGCGCAGGAGCCAGAGGGCCUGGGUGAAGCAGGAGAUCCAAGAAUUCUUGUUUGAGGAGAUCGAGGAGGAAGUUAGAGAUGAGAUCUGCCCAGCUGAGAGCUGAACAGGCCUUCCUCCUCACCAGGACCGGGGGGAGGGGCCCCUGGCUGGGAAUCUGCUCAGAACUCUGGGAGAAUUGGGACGCCAGAGGCCUCCCCUGCAGCUGGUCAUCCCCAGGGCUCCUGGCCCCGGCGCUGACUGCCUCACUGGGCCUUUGCUGGUUUCAGCUAAAUUAUUUCUUAGUCUGAGGCCAUGCGCACAAUCCAGGGGCCGUUUCCCAGACCCCCAGCAUUUCCCCUGAAACACGCCUGUCAUCUCCAGCUCUGUGAGUGCACAUUCUGUCAUAAAAACUGGUCUUUUCUACUAGUCAGCGAGGAGGGGAGGGAGAUCUGAGGUAAGAGUGAAGGAGACAAGCUAGGAGAGCUGAGACCACGACUCACCACUUAAUUGUCUGUCUGUAUAA